GGGGAGACUCUACCUCUUUUGACGUCAGGAAGGACACUGUUCAGUUUGGGGGCAGAGCCACACAACGAGUCUUCAGACUGCAAAUCCGUACCCCGACAAAAUCCGAAGAAGAUCUCCUACAGACCCAGACAGCUGAACCGAAACUAGUUGACCACCAAGAGGUCUAACUGUGGUGACUCCCACAGCGCGGAGGAGCCUCUGGAAACACCGGAUACAGCAGCAGCAAAUACCGCCAAAGACUUCCGUUUAGAAGCCCGGCGGAGAGAAACCGUCUCUAUCGAUAUUUACCCGAAAGCAUCGGCAUGUAGUCGCUCUGUGUUCAGGUAUGUGGCAGAUGUGUCGGAGACUCUCUUGAAGCUCUCUGUCUUUACAUUUUUAGCCUCGUCUUAAGCUUUGUUUCCGGUAUUUAGCGAAGGUGGCAACGAGGUCUGUCGACAGGUACAAGUGAAAAUCUGGGUUAACUGAGUCCAGCCGGUGAUCAAACUGUCUCUUAUAUGACAACCAAACUUCAGAGUCUAAAAAGUGUUUUUAGUCACUGUUGAAAAUUGAAAUGAAUGACACACAGAUUGUAUACAGGCUAUAUUGUUAUGAAACAAGUCACUGCGUGGAUAAAGUAUCUGCUCCAAAACAAAUGCUUCAAGUUGAAUUCAAUGUUCAAAUGUACCUUUAAAAAGUAAGGUUUUAAGUUAAGGUGAGGGAUUAUGAAUCAAGAGUAAUAAAGUGAUAAAACUCAAUUUAUCGUCUAUUUAGCUGAAAUAUUUACAUAUCCAUUCAUUUGUGCAGGGGUGUAGUAAGAACUUAAGGAGGGGUUCCCAGACCCCAACCCACCCCUGCAGAAAAUAUCCAUAUUUUUUGCUCUUUUGGGGAUGUACUCUCCAUAAUUGAUCUUUAGAAAUGUCAAGAAUCAAUUAUUGGGUAGUUGGUAGAAAAACAUUUUUCCUAUGGCAAAAACAAUUCCAGAUAUGUUUAUAAAAUUGUAGGCUUAAUUGUCCACAGCAGUACACUGCAUUUGGCACAGUAUUGCAUAGUUGCAGAAAAUAUAAUACAUAAAUUACUUAAUGAGCUAAAUGUCAGUGUGUGGAACAGUGGUGGCUGGUGAGAAAAACAGAAGGUGAGGCUGAAGGUUUGGAAACCAGAGUCCUGUAGGGGGGUAUCCUCCCCCGGGAGAUUUCUUUUGAUUUUCACAUGUAAAUGAAGCAUCCGGCGUAAAAUUAAGUUAGGGUCAAACACACAGUAACACAGAGUUCGACACCCCAUCGAGAGAUGAAUGUUGCCCUGUAUUGCUAUCUUCGGUCCUUACUAAAGUUGGUAUUCUAGAGAAGCAAGCGGUCGGCAACAUUCAUCUCUCUACGGGGGUGUCUAACUCAGUGUUACUGUGUGUUUGACCCUAACUUAAUUUUAAACCAGAAUGUCCCUUUAAGGAAACAUAUGAUUUUGACCUACAAAGACAAAUGGGGUUGGGAAAACUGUAUUUCAACUAAUUUACAGGGCAUUAUAGCCGACACACAGACUACCUACAUUCAGUGUAAUCCUAUGAUAAAUAAACUGACAGUAGCAUACUCGUGUACAUUUGCGUGCAUCUCAACUGGUUAGGCUACAGCAAAGGAGCCCGCAGAGACAACAGCAGAAAAAUAGUAAAGAGCAGACCCACAUAACAAAUCAGGCUGCAUAUCAGUAUGAUCAGCCAAAGGAAUACAACACAAACAUUUGCUUUAAAUACAUAACAAUUUUAGUGCAUCUGUCACUUGGACAAAAAGAAAACAAAACAAAAAAAAAAAACAGGCUAUUGUACAAGAAAUUAAAAUCUCGAUUGUGGUCUCAGCCAUGACAACUCGUGCAAAGCCGUGAAACAACUGUGCUGCGCGUUUAAGUCUUUUUUUCUCAAAGAGAAGCUGCCAUUUCAAUAUGUCCAAGCAUCCCGACUCAUAGCCACGUUAUUAAGGUAUGUAAUAAACAAAACCAUUUGUAAAUCUGCCAAGAUUUAAGCGAGUUAAGAGUAUUUUUGAUCAUGCAAAUUACUCGUCGUCAGCUACCAUAGAGCAUACCAGAAUGGUAUACUGGAGUAAGAUGAAUUGGUGAAAUUUAAAGUCUAGUGUCUCAAAAGGAGACUGAAAAAGGAAAUGAUCGUAACAGUCCUGUGUGUCCAUGUGGCUCAGUGGAGAAGAAGACUAACUGGGACUUCUGAGGUUCGUGGAUCAAGCCUUAUCCAGGGCAAGGUGAAUUUUAAAGUCUUUUAAAGAAAAAAAUGAAAAUGCUCAUGUGUGUCCACGUGGUUUAGAGGAUAAAGAGACUGACUGGAUUUCCUGAGGUUGGAAGUUCAAGCCUUAUCCAGGGCAAGGUAAAUUUUAAACUUUAGUGUCUACAGAGAACACUGAAAUAGGAGAAAACCGCAACUCUCCUGUGUGUCCACAUGGCUCAGAGGAUAACGACAAAGGACUAUAGUCUUCUUUAUAAAGGUCAUCAUCUUUUUAUAGUUAUCUGUAUUAUAGAUCUAGUCACUUGCUUCAAAACUUCACCCCCAUUCUGACUUCUUGCCUCAUAACCCCCUCGAUUUACCUCUCCGGAAACACCGGGGGGAAACCCCACCCCCCGGGCCUGGUUCCCCAGGAUUUGCUUCAGGAUCUCCUGCGUGCCGUGUGGGUAUCAAACUAGGGCUGCCCGCCUGACCAGCAUUGGGUAUUUGGGUGUCAGUUGCAUACCCCCUGCGCCACCGGAUACCGUCCGCACUUGGGGAUGAGCUUCGUGCCCUUUUAUCUUGGAACUUUGGCUGGUGGACUUAAAAACGCGUCCUGUACAAGAUUUGAACUCACGACCUCAGGAGUGACUGUCCGUCUCCUUAUCCACUGAGCCACACUGGAGACACUGAACAAUUCCAGUUUUGUCCUAUUUGACUGUCCUUUGUAAGGCACUAGGCUUAAAAAUUCACCUCAACCUGAGUAAGGUCAGGCUUGAACCCACAACCUCAGGAGUGCCAGUCAGUCUCCUUAUCCUCUGAGCCAUGUGGACACACAGUUAAAUUCCAUUUUUUUCAUAUUUGACUGUCCUUUGUAGACAGGAGAAUUCAAAAUUCAGCUUGACCUGGGUAAGGUGAGGCUUGAACCCACGACAUCAGGAGUGCCAGUCAGUCUCCUUAUCCCCUGAGCCAUGUGGACACAUAGAAGACUACCGGUUUUCUUUUAUUUGACUGUCAUUUCUAGACAGUAGACUUUAAAAAGCCACCUUGUCCCAGAGAAGGUUCCAACGAACAACCCCAGGAGUUGCGACCAUCCUCUUAUCCUCUGAGCCAAGUAGACACACAGGAGACACCUGUUUUUUUCCUGUUUGACUGUCCUUUGUAGACACAGGACUUUAAAAUUCAUCUAGACCUGGGUAAAGCAAGGCUUGAACCCACAACCUCAGGAGUGCCAGUCAGUCUCCUUAUCCUCUGAGCCAUGAGGACGCAACAGAGAACUCAUUCUUUUUCCUAUUUGACUGUCCUUUGUAGACACUAGACUUCAAAAUUUAACUUGAUUCUUUUCACAGUUUAAUUUUAUCAUACUAUACCUGACAGGGACUUGAACCCAGGACCUUCUUACUGUGUGGCAGCAGCGCUCACUAUUACAUCACUGUGUCAGCUAUGUCACAAUUGUCUGGAUAUACAGCCCAGUCCUCCCUGGACCUAGUCCUGUGGACUAUUUCAGUGUCCUUUGUAGACACUAGACUUUAAAAUUCACCUUGCCCUGGAUAAGGCUUGAACUUCCAACCUCAGGAGUUCAAGUCAGUGCUUUUUUUUUCCACUGAGCCACAAUUUUGACCUGUUCAGGAACACCUUUCACCCUUUUUUUAUUUAAACACUUGCCUAGAAUAAUUCACCAAGUACUGGAUAAGGAUCAAACCCACACCUUCUGAUCUGUUUAAAGUGCACUGACAAAAUACAGAAUAUUAACUUCUACUCUGAUAAAGACCAAAAGGGCCAGUCUCUAUGAUUUAUGAGUUUGGGGAAUAUGUACUACAAACCUGUGCUUAAUUUUGCCCACUGAAGAUUAAGAGCUGCUGCCACUCUGUAUUAUAUUACACAAAAACACAAUGUAAUUUUUAUCUGCUUACCUUUUCAAUUUCCUGCUGCACCUGCAAAUCUAAAACCCUGUGUGGCACAGAAAAUAUCCAUCUAACAACAGGACCUAAAACUGCUGAGCACCACAGCCAGGCUUUGAAUCCUUGCUGUGCUUUAUUUUUGUCAGGGAGCAGAUGUGCUUCCAUAAACUCACUCAGCCAUUUAUUCGCACAUACAGCCUAAUCUGGUUUCUCUUUAGGCCCAUACAGACUCUGAGGCCACCCUGAAAGACUCACCAGUUACAUCAGGGGUGGGCAAUUAUGUGCCAUGGAGGGCUGAGAGGCUGCAGGUUUUCUUCCUAACUCAAAACUCCACCAGGUGAUUUCACUGAUUAGUCCCUGCUCUCUGCUUGGAGGUAAGGUAAUCAGUGAAAUCACCUGGUGGAGUUUUAGGUGAGAAAGAAAACCUGCAGCCUCUCGGCCCACUAUGGCACAUGAUUGUCCACCCCUGAGUUACAUGCUCUUCUGACUCUGGUGUCAUGUUUUCACCAAUAUCAAGAUUAGCAGCUACAGAUUAUAUUACUGCUUCAUGUCAUGAUCUGAUUUAUUCUUACCAGAUGCUGAUUUGGGCCCCCAUCAGACCUAGAGUAGAUUUUUAGAUUUCGAUUCACCUGUGAAUAAGCACCAACCCUUCCAUGUGUGCCUCACAGUUACCUUCAGUUUAGCUUUCGCUGAUGGAUGAAACGGUAAGUUGAUGCUGGUAGAGAGCUCACCUCAGCCUAAAUCCAUCUAUGCCCUUUAACCGAACAACAGGCCAGGACAGCUCAGUUGCUCUGAGUUCGUAACAUGUGACAGAUGUAUGACAGAUGUGGGGGCGGGAGGUGGACUUGAUGAGGUCAAAUGAGCAGGGCCUACUUUGCAGUUUUGUGAUGUGGAAAUCUGUUUGGAACAACUCCACCAUCUAAAACACAUGCAGAGAGCUGUUAAGCUGCUGUGUGAAAAGGUCAUUUCAGCAAAUGGGCUUUUAGCAGUUUUUUUUAUCUGCUGCUCUUUUCGACUCUGAGCUCGGUUUUAUCUAUCACACUAACACUCACAGAAGUUCAGUUAAUGAUGGCACUUAUAAACCCUUUUUUUUCACAUUCGAAUAGGCUGUCUGCCAUGAAGAAGCGGGCCAAAAAGGUGCUGGAGGAGGAGGAGACAUUGUGCUGCUGUGAGUAUGUGAACAGACACGGAGAUCGCAGCCAUGUAGGAGCCUGCUGCUGUGACUGCGAGGACUUGGAUGAUGCCUGUGACAGGUCAGACACAUUUACUUGAUCAUUACAUCUAAUGGUUAUUUUCAUUGAGCACUGCUGCUUCGGUUUUAGUGAGAAUAGUGAGAAUAUUCAGACUGGAUUAAGUAUCUGAAAGAUCAUCUGAAAGUGCGACUUACUUGGUGAUUUUCAAGACGUCUCCUUCUACCAGUUCAAGUUAUCACCUGUUCCACUCCCCAUCAUGGUAAAUCUAAUCCAGUGUCCUCAGACUGUCCACAUUUUAACUUGCCACAUCUUAACUCUGAUCCUGUAGCCUCAAAACUAAAGGCUUUUAAUCAUGUGACCCUCUUAGUCCCUCAGAUCUUUUGCAGAAACUUUAAUCAUUAACAUGUAAAAUAAGUCAAACCUUUGCACUUCCAAAGAGUCAGCAUUUUGGCAUCAUCAUUAAAACUCCUAUGAGGACCUUCUUUACGUCAACGAAGUAGAUUGGAAUUCAUGUUGAUGGCUGUACACGUUAUCCAAGUGCAAAGAAGACCAUCAGCAAUAAAACGGAUGAUGUUGAUAUUUUUAAUUCCUAAACACUGGUGUGAGUGGGUAGUUGUCAUCAGAGCAGCUGCAAAAAAACAGCCCUGUUUAUAUAACUUUUUUCCUUCUUUUGAUCCUUUAGGUUUCUGAAGAGGGAGCCUCAGAAACCCGAGUCCCUUUCACAGGUGGCUGCUGUCUUCUCAGACCGCUUUCGUGUGCCCUGGCUGUGGGGUGGAGCCAGAAAAGUGGACCUGACCAUCAUCCCCCCUCUUAUACUUCUUCCUGUCCUGCUGCGUCUCGCUGCUCUACACUUUUUGCUUGGCAUGGUGGUUCUGACGGCUUUGCCCGGCCUGGUGCUGUGGUACUACUACUUCACCCAUCGCAAGAAGGGACAGACACUCUUCUUCCUCAGCUUGGCCCUCUUCUCCCUGUCGUACAUGUAUUACCUCUUCAUCACAGAGGUGUUCCCCACUGGAGAUGUUGGCACGGUACAGCUGACACUGAUAAGUGUGGGAGUCGUACUCACCCUGGUAGCCCUGGUUCACACUAAGAGAGAACCUGGUAUUGUACGCCUAAACCAUGAAGCGGUCCACAGCACGGUGACAUAUUACAGCCCUCUGCCAGACAGAGACCCUACUGUUAACGGAGGGAGGCAGGAUGUGAUGACCAACCGGACAGGAUCAUCAGAGCAGACAGGGGACGAGCUGAAGGAGAGUAACAGAAGGAACUGGUGUCCUGCAUGCAAGGUGGUGCGGCCCCCGAGGGCAGGACAUUGUCGGAUCUGUGGUGUCUGCGUGCUGCGUCUUGACCACCAUUGUGUCUGGUGGGUUCCGCUGAAACUCCUCUCUCAGUCUGUCUGCACUGUUUCUUCCACUUUGUGUCACAUCUUAAACGCUGCAUUUUUCUUGUCUGUUUGAAUUUACUUUUUCUCUCUCAAAGUUUUUAAUAAAUCUCAAGGAGAGCACACAUUCUUUACAUUUUAUAACACAGCUCCAAAGUGACUGUCUUUGUCCAGUAUACAUGUUUAUCUUCUGCACUCUUGAUGGGUUUUUAUUCACCAUAUUUGAGUGUUUUGUCGAGUCAACAGCAACGGUGAAAAUGUCCUCGCUAUCAUCUGCUCCCACAUUUAAAUGUCUAUGGUCCUGCAUGUGUGUGCAGUAAUGUAACCUUGUGGUCUCAGUACAAUGUUUUGUCUACCUGUGUGUGUACCUGUGUUUGUGCGUCCCCUCCCGUCAAUGCUUGGGUAGGAUAAACAGCUGUGUGGGGCAGGCCAAUCACCGCAGCUUCCUGCUUACGCUCAUCCUCUUCCUGUUGACGUCCCUGUACGGGAUCAGCCUGGUGCUGCAGAGCGUGUGUCCGCAACAACACCUCUUCACCGCACUGCUCUACUGCCCGGGGGUCUACAACCAGUACAGGUACUGACAACAAACAUGCAUACACUUACUGCUCUCAGGUAAUACCAUAGACUGCAGAUACAUCAGCACCUCGAUAAGGUACAAGGUUGAAAACAAAAUUCAGAUGUUUUCUAAUCCUCUAUAUAAAUGUAAAGAUGAUAAGGUUCAUCAAAUUAGUACAAUACAACAUCUGAGUAUAAGUUCGCAGAGUCUGACUGGCAAGUAAGUCCUAUUGGUGUAAGUAAAUGUAAUCUUAUCAAAGAACUAGUGGUGUGAUUGUCACUCUACAGGGCUGAAACACAAUCUAAAGUGAAAAUAUGAGUCUCACAAUUAUUAGAUUAGGAUGUAUCUAUAUUAAUUAACAACUAUUGGUUAAUAUAGAAGUUUCUACUCUAAAAUAGCUUUUUGCUUCCCUUGAGACCGUUGUUUUUUUUGUUUUUAACUUGAUAAGUAGACAUGACAGCAAAAAGAUUUAGUUCAAAACUUACUUUAAAUUACUAGUUAAUCUAAGCAGCUGCUGGAGCUAGCUUCAUGUUUACUGUUCAGAUAUGAGAGAGGCAUUGACUCUUCUCAGUUGACUUUUAGCAAACAAAUGUAUUCCCUAGAGAAUUAACCACUCCUGUACUUAUCCCACUGACAUCAAUCUAUUUUUAGAACAUUAAAAAUCACUUACAAGCUGUUUAAUCAAGUUUAAUCCCUCUAUUUAAAUAACAAACUGCCUAAAAAUCUAACAGCCUUUUGUAGGUUGCUUGUUGUAAUAAACUGUAAAGAAUUUAAAACACUUCUUUUAUUUGUUUGAAGCCCUAGCAUGUCUUUAAAAUCUGUUUGGCUGUUAAAAGAAAAACCCUUGUGUCUAAAAUGUAAAACUCCACUGUUAAGAUGUAGCCAGUGAAGAUAUGAAAUGGUACAUUUGCUGUUUUCUUGUUAUUCUGAUGCAGUUGAACUCCUUUUUUAAUCGUCUGUGUUCCAGCACCGCACUUUGCUUCACCUGUGCCUGGUACAGCAGCAUCGUGACCGGCGGGCUUCUCCACCUGCUGGUUGUGCAGGUCAUCAACAUCAGCUACAAUGUCACGGAGCGCGAGGCACGCGUCGCCCUGCGAGACAAAACGGCUCGCAGUGCCUACUGGGGACUCAUCGUGGACACUGGCACCUACUCUCGAGGGUUCCGUGACAACUGGGCAGAGUUUAUGACCAUGGGGGAAAAACUGAGCGCUCCCUCUCCUGUCCCAACAGACUUCGUGUAAAAGACUGAGCUUAACCCUGAUCUUCAAGAACAAGUUUGGAGGUUACAGCUGUUGUUCUGUUUAUGUCCACUUGAUGGCAGCAUGGUGCUGUUUGCUGUGACUUAACUCUCCUGGCGAGGAGCUGCCAGGAUUGACAUGAUUGAGUUACUGCAGCCCUCACUCUGUCACAUAGCAGUAACUCCUAACCUCAGUAAGAUACAUCCACUGCCGUUAAUGUCACUGAAAGCUUGUGUCUCCUCUAUGCAGCUGUAUCCGCUUACACUGACCUUUGAUCGCCUUCCACUGCUGCCUCAUUUCACCUCUCAUGCCAGACAAAUAUCACUGUUCCCUUCGCACUGACAGUCUUUCCCUGAACACUAUCCUCACGUCUCCUAGUGCCUAUUCUAGUGCCUUUCUCGGAGACCGCAUUUGAAAAAUUUAAGCAAUCUGUUAAAGCUCACAGGGAUAAUUUUCUCUGAGCACCGUGUCAGCGACAAGAUGACGCCUCUGGAGGCGGUUAUUUCUGCACAAAACAGGAGUUCAGUGCAAUGAUGCUCUUUUCCCUGCACACACAUUCAGUCCUCAGUCUCUUAGCUACAGUCUAAAAUAAGUUAUGCACCUUAUUUGAAGCUGAACGUGUUGAGAUUAUUUAUCACAGAAAUAUCAAACAUAACAGUACAAGCCUCAUAAUCAGGCUCAUUAAAUGUAACAGUGUGUCAGUAUAAUGAACCUGAUUCAUGAUUAGAUAGUUAUAAACAGAUUAGCAGUCAUUUUCGCUCUCCUAAAUUGGUUCUGACUAAUUAAACUGCUCUGAAAAUAUGAGAAAAGUAAGUAAAUCAAUACACGUUUAUGUCAACUUGAGAAGUUUUAAGUGCUUUUCAUUAUCCCUGCUUUUAUUAGUGUUCAAAGACAUUGGAGACUUUUAUUAGGAUCCUAAAAAUUGUACUGUCCAUCUGUUUGAAGGUUGUAUUACCUAUUUAUAUUGAAUAAACGUGAAGAAUGUGCAUGUGAGUUUCUUGUGUGUCCUCUCCUGAGAUUCUGAGAUGUAUCGUACGGUGACAGUUUCUAAAUUCUUCUAUCAUUGCGUUGGAUGGGAGCAGAAAUCAGACAGGACCUCUGCCACUUUCCGUCCCAGCCUCUCCCGUCGCGCUUCCUUCUCCCUUUCUUUGCCCAGUAGACAUGGAAGCUGUCUCCAGAUCAGGAAGCAGCGCCGCAGCACCUGUCUGAGGUGCAGGCAGAUGGAGGGACAGACGGGAACAAGCAAGUGAGCAAUAAAAAAUGAAUUAUGGAGA